UUAUAACAUUUUGCAAACAGGUAAUUGUUCUCCUUCACUGAUGUGUGUUGAUGAGGAUGCACUGAUAGGUAGCACUGAUGGGCACUGAUAGGUAGCACUGAUGGGCACUGAUAGGCAGCACUGAUGGGCACUGAUAGGGUGCACUGAUGAGGUGGCACUGAUGAAGCAGCACUGGUGGGCAUUGAUGAGGAGGCACUGAUGAUACUGUACUGAUAGGCAACACUGAUGGGCACUGAUAGGCAGCACUGAUGAGCACUACUGGCAGCACUUAUGGUCACUGCUGGGCGGCACUGACUGAUGGCACUGAUGGGCGCAACUGCUGGGCGGCACUGAUGGGCAGCUCUGAUGGGUGGCACUGCUGGGCACUCAUGGGUAGCACUGAUAAUCAGUGCCCUGAUUAUCAGUGCAGGUCUGCUCUG